AUGCCCCGGCGUCGGCCCAGCUCCUGUGCCCAGCAGGUGGCGCCCGAGGGGCUCCCCGGCGGUGGCGAUCGUAGACGGAGAGACCCGCUGCUGCCGAGGCUGCUGCUGCCCGAGCUCCGAGCAGCCUCUGGCGCGUGGGCCUCCGGGGACUCCUGGGCUUCGGAGGGCGGCGCCGAGUGGUGGGAGGCCCCCGCGUGUGAGUCCUCGCCCUCGGAUCCCGGGGUGGGCGUCAGGCGCCCCCGGUCGCGCCUGCCCGUCCUGCCCACCGUGGCCCAGCGGGCGGCCCGGAGCCGGACAGGGCUGAGGUCACUGCUGCUGCCGCCCAUGCUCUUGGCCGGCGAGCCCCGGGACCCGGGACCCGGGCCUGGACAGUGCGAGGACCCCCGCACGGGCUCGGCCAGGGAGAACCCCGACUCUUUGGGCGACCUCCUAGGAGAGUUCCUCCCCGGACGGUCCUGGCAGUUCCUAUGCCAGCUCAGGGCUGAGUCUGCGAAGCAGCCGCGACCACUGAGUGAGGCCCCUACGGCCCCCACGGGGGAGCUGAGUCAUUUCCGGUGGGGGUCCCACCACCUGACCUGGGGUGUGGCCUAUUUGUCUUCAAGGGGCCAGUCAUUGUACUUCAAGAAUAGUCUUAAGAAGAUUUUGCUCCAUCAGAUACCUGCCCUGGGGCCCUUCAGGAGAGAUCACUCACAAUUCACCACGGUCGAGAAGACCAAUCACAGGCCCCACGCUACACAGGCCCCCAAGCUCAAGGCCGUGCUCACCCACAACUCCUCGGGGGAAGGCUCAGGGCACCGCAGGCGGUGUUGCCCUUUCCGCGUGCGGUUUGCGGAUGAGAUGCUACGGGACACAGCGCUCCGCUACUGGGAACGCAGCUGUGCAGUCCAGCGGGGCAUCCUCGAGAACAGGACAGCCAGCGGGUCAGCAACAUCGGAGCAGGUGUUCGGGUGUGUCGGGAGACGGCUGGAGAGUUUGCCCAAAGCUCUGUAUCCCAGGGCCAAGGAGGACACCAUGGCCAACUCAUCGGCUGGGACUUCCCUGGCCUGUGAGGCUUUGUCCACCCUGGAGCCGAAGGGCCACCUCUCUGAGGACACCUCUAUGAACAGCAGCCUGCCCAUCAUCCCCAGGCCCACCACCCAGAGGCAGCGGGGGGACCUCAAAACCUUUCUGGAGCAGGAGUCCUUCCUGCCCAGCUUGGUGUUGCACACACAGUCCUGAAACAAGGCCGCCCUAAGGGGCACCAGCUUCUCCUGCCGUCAACAUCGCGUCGCACUCAGAGGUGAAUGGCUGCUGGUGACCAAGCCCAGGUGUGGACACGGGUGAGGGGUGAG